UCACACUCGCCACCCCCAAGAAUUACACGUAAACCCUGCAGACACCAAACAACAAAUUUAGAAUAUGCUAUUAAAAAUAUUAUUUGCGCUGUCGCUUCUAACAGUUGCUGCUGCUAUCGAUGACCCACAAAAACAAAAGGACAAAUCCACCAAGCUGCCACCAUGCAAAGCGUGCAGCGUACUCGUGGAAUCCUUCAAUUUGGGCUUAGAGAAAACCAAGCGAGGCAAACAUGCCGGCGGUGAUGCUGCCUGGGAACAGGAGAAAUUGCGAUCGUACAAAAACAGUGAGGUGCGUUUCGUGGAAAUUCAAGAGCAGCUAUGCGCAGAGGUGAAGCGUGGACAGGAUCAUUGUCACACACUAAGCAAUGAGCAUGAAACGCUACUGGAAGAUUGGUUCACACACAAGCAGGAGGAGGAGCCAGAUUUGCAUAGCUGGCUGUGCAUUAAAGAGCUCACAGUCUGCUGUCCGCCAGAGACUUUUGGACCCAACUGUCAGCCGUGCGUUGACUGCAAUAGCAAUGGCAAGUGCAAAGGAAAUGGAACACGCAAGGGUAACGGACAGUGUCUCUGUGACAAGGGCUAUGCGGGCGCUAAUUGCAACGAUUGCGAUGAACAGCACUAUGAAUCCUUUCGUGAUUCCACCAAGCUGCUGUGCACUCAGUGUCAUGCUGCUUGCGGCGAUGGUGGCUGCAAUGGUGGUGGCCCAAAGAGUUGUCGCAAAUGCAAGGAUGGCUGGCGCAUGGACACGGAGUCCGGGUGUGUGGACAUCAAUGAAUGUGUGGAACAACAUCGUGCUUGCAAGGCGCAAAAGUUUUGCGUGAACAACGAGGGUUCAUUCUCGUGCCUGGACUGCGAUCGUAGCUGCGAUGGCUGUGAUGGCGAUGGUCCGGAUAUGUGCUUGAAUUGUGCCGAUGGCUACAAUCGUCAGGACGGUAAAUGUGUGGAUGUGUCGACGCGUCAACGCGAGUCAUUUGUGAACAUCACGCGUUUUCUCACCUAUUUUGGCAUGUGCGUGGCCACUUGUGUCAUCUUCCAGAGCUCCACGCAUAUAGCCUACAUUGUGGGCGGCGCCGUUGCCAUCUACAUAGCCGCCUCCGAGUAUUGGCUGAAUUCGACGGCAUCUGGCGGUGGCCCAAAUCCUGAAAUUGACACUAAACAACUUGAGGAUUUGAUUAUGAAGUCAUUGUAAACUAUGCAAAUAAUGCAAACAAUUGGAAUUUGCGACAGCCGCGCGUUCAUUUUUAUUCUGUGAAUAAUUCGUACACAUGAACAUUAUUAAUCUGCAGUAUUCUAUUUAGCUACUACUAUUAUGUUGAAUGUUUAUAUUAUAAACAAAUUUCCAUAUGUUUUGUUUACAGUAGAGGACAUUCAAAGCGAUGAAACUGAGACGACGGAGCGAGAAGAACUCUAACGCACAUACCCGAAAACACUUUAGUCAAUUUUAGUUUAUUAAACAAAUUACCAAUUUAUUGAACUUACCAUUUAUACUUUCCACUGUACUGAAUAUAAAAGUGAAAUACCAAAA